AUGUCAAUUAUCUACGCCUUUGUAAUGCUUGCAGUAUUGAUUGCUACGGCGUCACAGAUUGUAUUGGAAACUGUGAUUUCGCCAACAUCAAUGUUCAUAGUCACAAUGGUUAUAGUUUUUUUCACUGCUGCUUGCUUACAUCCAAAAGAAUUCACGAACAUUAUUUAUGGUGUUGUAUUUUUCCUUAUGAUCCCUUCUACCUAUGUAUUUCUGACGCUCUACUCGCUCAUUAACCUAAAUGUGAUUAACUGGGGAACACGUGAAGCUGUUGCGAAGGCCACUGGAAAGGUGGAAACUUCAUCUACAGUCGAGCGCUGGCUUCGUCGUAUUGGUGAAGGCCCAUGGUCAGCUCUUUGUCCAACCCUUCGUGCCAAGCCUGAUGAGGCUCUCCAGUUAAUU